AUGCCUUCUUCACUCCCCAGAAUGCUUCUUGCCCCUGUCGUUCGUCUUCUCCGCCUUGCGACACCUGUAUCAGGAUCAAUACCCAACUCAACUCAACCAUCUUCAUUCCUCUCACCAUUAAUUCUGGCUCUAGUAGCUUCACUUCAACGACUUGAUCUAUCUCGAGAUCCCCGUAAAACAUUGCAUAAACUUUCUCAACAUAAAUUCACUAUAGGAAAUACAUUACCAUUUGUAUUCAUGGCGUUAUGUUCACUCCAUUCAUUAUGGAUAAUGUCAACACCUGGACUUCCGAUUAAAUACGUCAUACCAUUAGCAUAUACAGGAGCUGUACUCUUACCUAUAACAAGUCAAUUCGUUUGGCCCGCUACACCCAUUUUCGCUUGGCUUCUAUUAUUAUUUACAUCAAGAUAUAUCAACCCGGGAAGAAGACCAACAAUUCACGUAGCAUUAUUACCAGCUUUGGAAUCAGUUUUAUACGGUGCUAAUAUAUCAGAUCUUCAAACUAGAUAUACAAAUCAAGUAUUGGAUAUAAUAGCUUGGUUACCUUAUGGAGUUCUUCAUUUCGUUAUACCUUUCGUGGUAGCUGCGAUACUUUGGGUAUUUGGUCCUAGAGGUGCUGUUCAAUUUUGGGGUUUAGCUUUUGGUUGGAUGAAUCUAUUAGGUGUUUUCACUCAACUAGUAUUCCCAGCUGCUGCUCCUUGGUACGAGAUCAUUCAUGGACUGACACCUGCCGAUUACUCGAUGCCUGGUUCACCAGGUGGAUUACUUCGUAUCGAUCGAGUAUUUCACUUUCAAGGAUACACCAAUACGUUCGGUGCUGCCCCUUUGGUUUUUGGUGCUUUCCCAUCAUUACAUUCUGGUUGCGCAGUCAUGGAAGCUUUAUUCCUAUCACAUUUCUUCCCUACUUUCAAACCAUUCUAUUGGGCGUACGUUGGCGUUUUAUGGUGGGCAACAAUGUACUUAUCUCAUCAUUACUUGAUUGAUUUGACAGGAGGAGCAUGUUUAAGUGUUUUGAUAUUCUAUCUAACGAUGCCAAUCGGUUUCAAAGAUGUAGAUCAGAUUCCUUGGAGUAAAAACGAAGGUUCACAAGGAUAUGAAAUGAUUGGCGGACCAAGAGUCAGAGAAGAUUUAGAUUUAGACGAAGAGAUUAGAAAAUUGGAAGAAGCUGGUGAUCUGACUGAUAACGAAGGAGAUGAUGAAGAAUCAAGAAUUGAAAGCUCAAAAUCAACCUUUACAGAUGGAUCAAAAUCAAGUGAUAAUGGACUUGGAAAUGCAAGUGCCAGUGGAAGUGGAAGUGCACUCAAGGACGAAGACGAUGAAGAGGAAAUCAAAAAGCCAAAGAUCAAGAAGAAGCGAUCAGUCAGUUGGGGUGAAACUAAAGUCUUGGGUGAAACUACUUCCACCACAAGUGGAGAUAUCGGUGAUCAAUUGGGAGGAACAGGAGGAGUAAAGAAAGACACAGCUUAG